AUAGGAGGAAGCCAAUUGCCCUUUAGAAAUAUGGCUGCAAUUGCCUCACUUCCUGUGUCAUGUGACACUCCCAGUCAUCACAUGACCCAUCCACGUCAGGAAGCCGGAAUUACUUGCAGGGCUAACCUAGUGCCUAUAGCUAAGGCAGGUACCUGCAUCCUUGUUUUUGUUUAGUGGAUCCUCUAUCCUUCAGAGACUCUGGAACCCCUGUGCUCUUCUCCUCAUCUAGUGACCCUGAGGUGAUGGAGUUUUCAAGUCCUUCCAGAGAGGAAUGUCCCAAGCCUUCAGGUACAGUAAGCAUCAUGGCUGGCAGCCUCACAGGAUUGCUUCUACUUCAGGCAGUGUCGUGGGCAUCAGGUGCCCGCCCCUGCAUCCCUAAAAGCUUCGGCUACAGCUCGGUGGUCUGUGUCUGCAAUGCCACAUACUGUGACUCCCUUGACCCCCCGACCUUUCCUGCCCUUGGUACCUUCAGCCGCUAUGAGAGUACACGCAGUGGGCGUCGGAUGGAGCUGAGUACGGGGACCAUCCAGGCUAAUCACACGGGCACAGGCCUGCUACUGACCCUGCAGCCAGAACAGAAGUUCCAGAAAGUGAAGGGAUUUGGAGGGGCCAUGACAGAUGCUGCUGCUCUCAACAUCCUUGCCCUGUCACCCCCUGCCCAAAAUUUGCUACUUAAAUCGUACUUCUCUGAAGAAGGAAUCGGAUAUAACAUCAUCCGGGUACCCAUGGCCAGCUGUGACUUCUCCAUCCGCACCUACACCUAUGCAGACACCCCUGAUGAUUUCCAGUUGCACAACUUCAGCCUCCCAGAGGAAGAUACCAAGCUCAAGAUACCCCUGAUUCACCGAGCCCUGCAGUUGGCCCAGCGUCCCAUUUCACUCCUUGCCAGCCCCUGGACAUCACCCACUUGGCUCAAGACCAAUGGAGCGGUGAAUGGGAAGGGGUCACUCAAGGGACAGCCCGGAGACAUCUACCACCAGACCUGGGCCAGAUACUUUGUGAAAUUCCUGGAUGCCUAUGCUGAGCACAAGUUACAGUUCUGGGCAGUGACAGCUGAAAAUGAGCCUUCUGCUGGGCUGUUGAGUGGAUACCCCUUCCAGUGCCUGGGCUUCACUCCUGAACAUCAGCGAGACUUCAUUGCCCGUGACCUAGGUCCUACCCUCGCCAACAGUACUCACCACAAUGUCCGCCUACUCGUGCUGGAUGACCAACGCUUGCUGCUGCCCCAUUGGGCAAAGGUGGUACUGACAGACCCAGAAGCAGCUAAGUAUGUUCAUGGCAUUGCUGUACAUUGGUACCUGGACUUUCUGGCUCCAGCCAAAGCCACCCUAGGGGAAACACACCGCCUGUUCCCCAACACCAUGCUCUUUGCCUCAGAGGCCUGUGUAGGCUCCAAGUUCUGGGAGCAGAGUGUGCGGCUAGGCUCCUGGGAUCGAGGGAUGCAGUACAGCCACAGCAUCAUCACGAACCUCCUGUACCAUGUGGUUGGCUGGACCGACUGGAACCUUGCCCUGAACCCUGAAGGAGGACCCAAUUGGGUGCGUAACUUUGUCGACAGUCCCAUCAUUGUAGACAUCACCAAGGACACGUUUUACAAACAGCCCAUGUUCUACCACCUUGGCCAUUUCAGCAAGUUCAUUCCUGAGGGCUCCCAGAGAGUGGGGCUGGUUGCCAGUCAGAAGAAUGACCUGGACACAGUGGCACUGAUGCAUCCCGAUGGCUCUGCUGUUGUAGUCGUGCUAAACCGCUCCUCUAAGGAUGUGCCUCUUACCAUCAAGGAUCCUGCUGUGGGAUUCCUGGAGACCAUCUCACCUGGCUACUCCAUUCACACCUACCUGUGGCGUCGCCAGUGAUGGAGCAGAUACUCAAGGAGGCACUGGGCUCAGCCUGGGCAUUGAAGGGACAGAGCUCACACGCUGUCUGUGGCUAAAGAGGGCACAGCAGGGCCAGGGUGAGCUUACAGCGACAUAAGCCCAGGGCAGUGGUUUGGGUGACUCACUUUCCCCUCUAGGUGGUGCCAGGGGCUGGAGGCCCCUAGAAAAAGAUCAGUAAUCCCCAGUGUCCCCCCAGCCCCCAUGCUUAUGUGAAUGUGCGCUGUGUGCUGCUUGCUUUGGAAACUGGGCCUGGGCCCAGGCCUAGGGUGAGCUCACUGUCUGUACAAACACAAGAUGAGGGGUGGGGGUAAGGAAAAGAAGAGACUAGGAAAGCUGGGCCCAAAACUGGAGACUGUUUGUCUUUCCUGGAGAUGCAGAACUGACCCCGUGGAGCAGCACUGUCAGCAUCAGGGCGGAAGCCUUAAGGCAGCAGUGGGUGUGCCCAGGCACCCAGAUGGUUCCUGUGGCAUCAGCCAGGAAAAAUGGCAGCUCUUAAAGGAGAAAAUGUUUGUACCCAGUCAGUGUGAGUGGCUUUAUUCUGGGGGGCAGCACCCCGUGUCCAGCUGUACCAACAAGGAGGAGGCACGGGGGCCUCUGGAAUGCACAAGAGUAGAAAAACCAGUCUUGGGAGUGUGAGGACAAAUCAUUCCUCUUCAUCCUCCUCAGCCAUGCCCAGGGUCCGGGUGCCUGGGGCCCGAGCAGGCGUUGCCCGCUGGAUGGAGACAAUGCCGCUGAGCAAGGCGUAGCCCACCAUGGCUGCCAGUCCUGCCAGCACAGAUAGGAUCUGGUUCUGGCGCCGGUAUGGCUCCUCCUCAGUCUCUGGGCCUGCUGGUGUCUGGCGUUGUGGUGGUACCUCAGCUGAGGGUCAAGGAAGGAAGGUGUGUUAGGAGAACUAGUUCUUGGAUCCCUGCCCACUCUCCCCAGGGCUGCCCCUCCCAUCUGCCCCUUACCUCCAUCCCAGGGGAAGUAGAGACUGAGAAUGUUGGUACAAUAGGCACAGAGGUUGUGCAGCCCCCGCAGGUGGACCUGCAGCUUCCCACUGGGCAGCUUUGCCUGCAGCGGCAGGGCCAAGUAGCUAAAGAUGAAAGCGUCCAAGGAGGCAGGGCUGGAGCAGAGAGAGAAGGGUGGAAUGGAGGAGAACCACUGGGGCAGAAGGGGUAAAGAUGGAGCUGCAGGAAGAGUCAGCCCUGGGAGGUGGGCUCUCGGCAGCAGGCGGCCACCAGGGAAGGACAGGGCACACAGUUCUAGACCUGGUAUGGGGAGAGAUCCCCAGGUGGCACCAGCCUGGCCCUGAAUAGGGCUCUAUCCCCGGGCUGCAUAAAGGGCACAUUCAGUGCCCCACAGCUCUUCAGGUCCCUCCUGUGCCUGGCUGCCCUCCCACCCUACCCUUUUGUACCUCUGAGAAGGCUCUGGCCCCAAACACAGUCACACUGUCACUGGGGCCAGUAUCUGUCUCAGGGACCUCCUAUCCAGAGCCUGAGCCCACCCCAGCCCCAGCCCCAGCUCCAGCUGCUCCAUCUGAACCUGUAUCUUCUUCCAAGCCACCCAUUACCCACUUGGAGUCAGACUCACGCAUCUCCAAAGAACUUCUGAGAACCCAGGCACUGAGAGAGCAGGGUCAGACACUCCCGAGCCUCUCGGUACAGCUGUAGGGGUGACACAGGUAGGCUUGCAGCUGCGGGAACAGUGCUACCUCCCCACCUAAGCACUCCCAUUCCUGGCCAGCAUCCUUGGGGCUCAUCUCAUACAAUAGCCCCCGCUCUCAGAGCUACCUCCUUCUCCAGCUCUUCCUCGUCCUCAGGCCUGUGCUCCCCAGUCAGCAGCUGUAACCGUUCCAUGUACUGUCGCUGCAUGCGGCCAGGCAGGAAGAAGUUGAGGGGAAAGAGCAUAGCCUCUGCAUACCACUUCCGGGUCACUUCCACAUAGUUCUUGGUGUCUAUCCAAAAAGUAUGUACCUGGAUUGGGUAGGCAGGAAGAAACAGGCAGGUCUGAGCCAGUGAACCUGUCUGAUUCAAGGUGGGCUUCUGACCCCCAUGCUGUCCUGAGUCUCUGUGUGGGUCUGUGUGUGCCCGACCCCUCCCCUGCUGGCCAUGGAUGCUGGGAGGUCUGGGCACACUCACCAGCACCGGGAUGAACUUCUCCUCCAGGAGAGACAUGAAGGCCAGGGUGUCUGCCCCUUGCCGAGCUGACAGAUCAUAAUCAGCAUUGUACUUCUGUGGAUGAAAUAUCCAUGGGGUGGACACUGGGGAGCUGCAGGGGCACUUCACCAGGGAGGAAGGAGUCCUGUCUGGUACCCCCCUCACUGGCCUCUGGGUAUAGUGGAGGUACAGCAAGGAACUUUUCCUGCCAAGGCCCCCUUGCCUGGGCCCAGCCAAUAGCCUGUUGCUGUUGGGAGAAAGCCUGGGCCUUGGAGCCCGCUGGCCGUCAAGGUCCUGGGCCCACUGAGAAGAAGGAAGAAAGGUCGGGCCGCAAACUAGGAGCAGCUCCCAGAAUUUCCAUGGAAAGCUGGAACAAUGCCUGCUGAUGGCAACUUUCUAAUAGUAACUUCCCCAACCCAGACACCACAAAGCUAGCACAGCGGAGCUCAGAUGCAGGCUAGGACUCCGUCCAUGCCUCAGGAACCAGGGAAAGCCAUCCUCACACUCCCUGGAUCCAGGGAACCCACGCCCAGGGCCCCCCAGCUUGUUCCCUCAGUGCCAGCUCUUGGCUAUUUCUUUCACUUCAUUCCAUGGCCCAAACACCACUACCACAUACACAUUCCACCCAUACCCCCAGGUCUCAGCCUGCCCUACCUUCCCAGGCUCCAGUCCCUGUUCCUCAGCAUCCCCCUCCACAUCCUGAGUAAGCUUUGUCCCCAGAUAACCUCUUCAGCAUGAUCCUUAAAUCUCCCUGAGCCUCAGUUUCUCCCCUGUGGAAUGGGGGUAAGAAUCUCUUUCUCUCAAUGCCCCUGUGUUAGGAAAUAAUUUAGAAUACUUUGGAAACUGGAAAAGCUCUGUUCACACCUAAGCAAUCAGGGCAGUGGCCCUGGCCUUGCCAGGAACUUUGGCUUUUAUCUGGAUCCUCUUUCCAGGCCUCUCAAUUCCCAGGUCCUUAACCUUUGGGAAAUUAGAAAUGAGGAAGAGUGUCCCACUUCUGACACUGUAUUCCCUCUUGGAACCUGACCGUCAAUGCUAGAAGAACCCUUGGAAAACAUGCUGACCCAACCCUCUAGUUUUACAAAUAAGGGAGUGCACAGCCCUGAGAGGUUACGUGGCCUGCCCAAGAUCACAUAGUCAAUGGCAGAGUAAAGAGCAUAGCCCAGGCCUCCCCACUCCUCUAGUAAUGCUCUUUCAUCUUCUCCAACCUGGCUCUAAGCCUUGUCCAUCCUGAGCCCCAUAUCUAGCCCAAACUAGUCCCUGAAAACAGGAAGUGGUCCUUAGAAAUCUUUCUCCAGUCCCACUAUCAGAGGCCAACUGCUGUCUUCCACUCUCCCUCAGCCUGUGCUCCUCUCCCUCCCUGCCUGACAGGCAGAAGGUACUGUGCCUCUGGAUAUCCCCACAGUGCCCUGAGGGGAUGAAAUCUCUUGCUGACUGCUUUAAUACAUCACAGUAACAUUGUGUGUGUUUCUGCCACCAGACUAUUGCUCCUUGAUGCUCUGGGUCCCUGCAUCUAGCAUGGCAUAUAUCUGGUGCUCAAUAAAUGUUUAUUGUACAGAA